ACAGGGAUGAAGGAGGACUAGGAUGUGACCGGCACCGGGGAAAUGGCCUCCAGCUCCAGCGACAUCGUCCGCCAGGGCUACGUCAGGAUGAAGAGCAGGAAACUGGGGAUUUACCGCCGCUGCUGGCUGGUCCUGAGAAAGUCGUCUAGUAAGGGCCCCUGGCGGCUGGAAAAAUACCCCGAUGAACGGUCUGUGCUGCUCCGAACUUCCCCGAAGGUGACCGAGAUCAGUAAUGUGAAGUGCAUCAUGCGGCUUCCUAAAGAGACUAAGCGGCAAGCAGUGGCCAUUAUAUUCUGUGACGAUCUAGCGAGAACAUUUACGUGUGACUCAGAGUUGGAGGCCGAGGAGUGGUAUAAAGUGCUGUCUGUGGAAUGUCCAGGAGCCAGAGUGACUGACUACAACCUUGGAGAGCCGGACCUGCUCACACCCGGAGUGCAGAGCGAACAGACAGAGAGGUUCAGCGUGUUUCUGCUCCCGUCCUCUAAUUUGGAAGUCUAUGGAGAGUGCAAGAUGCAAAUUACUGAAGAAAAUCUCUACCUGUGGGACCCACGUAACCCACGCACGAAGCUUCUGUCCUGGCCCCUCUGUGCUCUGCGCCGGUAUGGGAGCGACACCUCACGCUUCACUUUUGAGUCAGAACGGGUUUGUGGCAUCAGCGAAGGCCUGUACACAUUCCAGACACUGGAAGGACCACAAAUCUACGAGCGAGUGCAUCGAGCUGUGCUCAGUCUGGCUGAGCAGCACCAGAGUCUUCUCAUGGAAAUGGAAAAUAAAUCCCGGCGCCUCAACAAGGAUAUAGAGAAUGUGCCAAACUCCUGUCCAACCACAUCAAUGCUCCCACGGAGUGCAUACUGGCACCAUAUAACCAGUGGGCACAGCAGUGGCGAAACUUCCAGCAGCCGGUCACUCAGUGGCAGAGACUCUGAUCCCAUCACUAGGAGGAUGAGUAAUCGAAAGUCUUCAGCCUGUGAAAGGAGCAUUCCAACAUCUCACUCUCAGUGA